AUGGCCUCUGACGCAGCCGCUGCCGCUGCCGCUACCGCUGAGCCCUCCUCCGGCGACACCCAGUGUCCCCCGCGCUACGCCAUCGGGUAUGUGCUUGCGCCGAAGAAGCAGCAAAGCUUCAUCCAGCCGUCGCUGGUGGCCCGCGCAGCGGCGCGGGGCAUGGACCUCAUCCCCGUGGAUGCGGCGCGGCCCUUGGCGGAGCAGGGCCCCUUCCACCUCCUCAUCCACAAGCUCUACGGCGACGGCUGGCGCGCCCAGCUCGAGGCCUUCGCCGCGCGCCACGCGGCCGUUCCCGUCGUCGACCCGCCCCAUGCCAUCGACCGCCUCCACAACCGCAUCUCCAUGCUCCAGGCUGUCUCCGAGCUCGACCGCACCGCCAACAAGGACCACACCUUCGGCAUCCCCAGCCAGGUCGUCGUCUAUGAUGCCCCCACGCUCGCCGACUCUGGCCUCCUCGACGCGCUCCGCUUCCCGCUCAUCGCCAAGCCCCUGGUCGCCGACGGCACCACCAAGUCCCACAAGAUGUCCCUCGUCUACCACCGCGAGGGGCUCGCCAAGCUCCGCCCGCUGCUCGUGUUCCAGGAGUUCGUGAACCAUGGCGGACCGAUGAACGGAGGCGGCCGGAAGGGAGGAGUCGCCGCGCCCCGUGCAGAUCCGGCCACCGCUGCCGUGGCCCGAGCGGCCUCCACGCAGGAGCACCGGGGAGGGAGCCGUCGGGGAGGGAGAAGGCGGCUCGCGGACGGAGGAGGUGGCCGGUGGCGCCGGAGCUCGAGCGGGCGGGCCUCACCCUCUCCCCGUGAGCUCGCCGGAUAUUGGGCGCAGCGGGAGGGGUUGGAUUUUGAGUCGCCUCUGUUGGAGACCGGAUUUUGCGCUGCAUUUUGCGUCGCCACUGUAGACGAGGCAAACACCCAAAUGCAUUCACAUUUUGCGCUCCAUUGUUGGAGUCAGUCUUAG